UGGGAAGAUGUAAAGUGUCAUCCUUUGUUUGCUGUCAGCGUGAAGUUUUCUUAUCUCGAUAAUUGUUUGUUUAUAAUUUGCCUUUUGUUGCACCCGCUAGCCGAUUGUUUACGGUCGAAUGCAAUUGUAAUCAAGAUAAUGUCGUCGGCAACUGACGCAAAAUUCCCGACAAUCCCUCCAGGGCUCCGUGCUUUGAUUGAUCAGUGCCAAGCGAUUUACCCUGACCAAACGAACCCUCUCCAGGUGACGACUGUCUUGAAGUACUGGCUUGGCGGCCAGGAUCCUCUAGACUACAUUUCGAUGUAUUCCAACAAAGGUGAUCCUGAGAGAGGUAUUCCCCCACAUUGGCACUAUGUGAGCUUUGGUCUCAGCGAUUUGCAUGGAGAUGGAAGGGUUCACGUUUCGGAAGCUUCAAAUAAAGAGGAUCCCAUUUCCGGGAUGGGGUUCGAGCUGACUUUUAGAUUGACUAAGACAACAUCGAACGGAAAUCAAUCAGACAAGCCCCCAACAUGGCCUGCGAACUUACUACAAGCUCUUGCCCGGUAUUGUUUCCAGACGGGGAAUCGUCUCUUCGCUGGGGACAAUGUUCCGUGGAAGAGACCCUUGGACGGUGCCAACUGGAAAAUUCAACAUUUGCUUAUUGCCGACGAUGCACAACUUGCCCGCACCCGCACUCCUUUCGGCUGGGUCGACUUCUGCCAAAUUGUCGGGGUGACUGACGAGGAACUUGAUCAAGCGUCGAGGUGGAAUGGGAAGGGUGUUCUCAACAUUUUGAAGCGUGAAGCUGCUACUGGGGGUGACUGGCUCGUAACAGAUGUACGACGGACACAAAGCGUUUUUGAGCUCUUCCCGGAGACACUACAACAACUUCAGGACGACUUGGAGAAAGAAGGUUCCGAUUUGGCCGGAAUUAAUGCUGAGUUCACCUUCAGGGAGAUCGGGAAGAAUAAAUUUAAGACUGAAAUAGAUUCAGGGAUUGUUAUUGAGAAAUCCGACGGCGUCGAAAGUAAACCGGAUAUAAUGAGCUUCAACACAUCGAACUCGCUGUCCAGUUCACUACACAAAUCAUAUCCCGUCGGGUAUCAGCCGAGUAACAUUAUUCCUCUGGAUGGCAUUGAGCUCACUUUCGCUCCAUAUGCCGCGAAAUUUCUGAUGUUGGCUGUUAAGGAUCGCAUUCGCCACGGACGCCACUUCACAUUUAAAUCUCGAAAUUUGGCUUUAACGUUUGUUAGCGAGACCGUUACGGGUAGCGCAGUGAGCAAGGAAUUUCCUUACGGAGUGAUUGGGUAUUGGGUUCAGGUGCUACUCCCAAAUGAUUUGGUACCACGGAUGAUGACAGAGUUCAGCAGGUUGAAAACUAGCGUAGAUGACGAGGAGGAAGAAUGCAGGCGUGAGAUUUUCGACUUUCCUGAUAAAAACUUACGAAUAAUAAUAGAAAAGCCUGAGAAUAUUCAUGGAAUCAUGAAAGCAGUUGCCUUAUAAUAGUAGGAAGGAUCAUAGGGUUAGGAGUAAUCAGUAUUUACACUGUUUCGUAAGUGGACACUAAAUGCCUUCCAUAACGAAAUGAUUUUUCAUGCUAGAAUAUUUUGUACGAUAUUGGAGAUGGCGAAUAAAUUUCAAGAUAUUUUUA